AUGUACUUGACCUUUCCAGUGACAGGACCCCCCGAGCUGCCCGGGCAGCUCGCCUUCAAGACGUCGUCCUCAAAGAAGAGAAAGCUCUUGCGAAGCGAUCUACCCCUAGACUCAGUUGAUUCAUCGUCGCCCUCUCCUGACUCAGUCCUACCCUCUUGCGAAGUCGACGACGAUCCCGCUCUCUCCUUCUCCGCCUCCGUGGCCUCCAACUCCAACUCGUUCCUGAGGGCCGACUCACAACCCGCUUCGAGCCUCCCCCCUCGCCUCCAGCAUCAGACAAGUUCUUUCGUCUCGGCCGAUUACGCUUCGUCCGCUGCCUCGAGCCCCUGUGCCUCUGCCUACGCCGAUCUUUCCAUUGAGAGCGAUCGUGGCGGCGACGAGACUGGCCCGGCCCCGAUUUUGGCUUUGGCCAGAAGCCAGUCUCCCUUACGUCUCUCCCACCGAGCUAUCAUGAAUGGCGAUGCCGACCUGCCCCAACGCUCCUCAUCGCCUUUGAAACGACGCGCUUCCAGUAUGGAUCCCGAAAACGAUGCGGAUAGGACCCGCGAUGUCGACAUGGGUACAUCACACGCCAAUGAGUCUACUGAGGGAGUCUCACAGCUGGUCCCUGAAUCGCUGCCGCGUGAUAUGAGCGUCGAAGCGCCUGAGCCCACGGCAAGCUCGCCCCCUGAGGCUUUCCCUGCGCAGCGUAAGGCUCACCACGUUUCCAAUUUGCAAGCACCGCAAUCCGUCGCUAAUUCUGGUCUCCUAGCAAUUCCUUCGCUGCAAGAACAGAUCAAGAUCAUAGAGACUCUCUUAAAAGCCUAUCAAGAGGCGCAAGUGAAGGAAGGGGACAAGGCCUAUCUCGUAUCCAACACCUGGGUCCAAAAAGCACUCUCAUUACGCGGCGGCCCCAAGGACAGCAAGGAAGGGGAUUCCAUAUCGGACCUUCUCGGCCCCGUUGACAACUCCGAUAUUAUCGAGGAAGUCGUUGCAGAACCUACCGGCAACGAAUACAUUCGUCUGAAGCAAGGAACUAACGAGAAUGAAUUCACACUCUUUCCAGAGGAUGCUUGGAAGAUGGUUGUCGACUGGUAUGGUAUCAAGAACGGUCAAGAAGCCAUUGCUCGUGCUGCUAUCAACACUGCUGAGCCCGGCGAAGAGCCUGUCAUUCAGUUCGAGUUCCACCCUCCAGUUUUUACUAUUCACCGUCUAUGGUCUGAAAUUAGCCCACUUCCCAUUGAGCAAUCCCUCAAGGCCAAAAACCCUCCUCCUUACAAGUUCGUCCGAAGUCGCAAAUACCAUGCACAGACAUUUGUCAAGGAGAUUAAGAUAGCCACUGGCGUACCGCUAGACCGCAAAAUUCGCUUAUUUAUGGUACCUCAAGUCCAGCAGGUCUCUGGCCCCUCAGAGCCCUCACGAGCCCUCACGCCUCCAGACUCCCCAGGUCGAACAGAAAACAGGGCUAGCUCUACAGACACAUGGUCGAAACUUCUUCUUGACAAUGUUUCCUUUUCUCAAGUCCGUGACCAAAGGGUCAAAUGUAAGCUGGAAGACAGGACCACUGACCCCAAUUUUAACGGCAGUUCAAACUUGACCAUCUUCGAUCUCGUGACAGAUCAAACUCUGGUUAUCGAUGAGGCCAUCGACUCCUUCUGGGUUAGUAACUACACUGGGAAAACUCCUCCGAAUGGAGUGGUCGUCCCCACCAGAAGUGGUCUGGCCUCUUCUGAUGCGAGCGGUCGAAGCAGUCCUGCUCCCGGUGGCCCAUUAACGCGUGGCCGAACGGGAAAGAAGUCGGGUCGGAGCAUCGGCGUUGUUGGUUUACAGAACCUAGGAAAUACAUGUUAUAUGAACUCUGCACUUCAGUGCGUACGAAGCGUUGAGGAGUUGACCAAGUACUUCUUGACCAACGAAUAUCUUGAUGAGGUCAAUAAGACUAACCUCCUGGGAUACAACGGGAAAGUUGCAAUAACCUAUGGAAACCUUCUGAAGGAGAUAUAUACGGAGGGAAGGGGCUCCGUGACUCCUCGAGACUUCAAGAAUACGAUCGGCCGUUGCCGGUCGACUUUCUCUGGAUAUGGGCAGCAGGACUCGCAAGAAUUCCUUGGGUUUCUCUUGGAUGCUCUUCAGGAAGACCUGAGCCGAGUGAAGAAGAAACCUUAUAUCGAGAAGCCUGACUCCACCGACGACAUGAUCAACAAUCCGGAAGCUAUCAAGGAAAUGGCAGACAAGGUCUGGGACAUAACGCGCCUCCGGGACGACUCAGUCAUUGCCGACCUCUUCACAGGCUUGUAUAAAUCAACACUCAAAUGUCCUGAGUGUGGCAAGAUCAGUAUCACCUUCGAUCCUUUCAACAAUCUGACCCUUCCUAUUCCUGUUGAGGACGUUUGGACGGCUAAAAUCAAAUUUUUGCCCCUCAACGAUGUGCCGGUGAUGUUUGAGGUCGAACUGCCCAAGCACGGCGCUAUUGAACAGCUCAAACAGUUCCUUUCCGCCCGGACAGGUGUACCCGUCGAGCGAUUAAUAGGAGGAGAAGAGUACAAGGAUCGCUUUUUCAAGAUUUACGACAACGACCUAGAUGUUAGCGAAGAAAUCGCGAAAAAUGAUCUUGCAACCUUCCACGAGUUGGAUGCUGUCCCAACCAACUGGCCACAUAAAGCGAACAAGCCACGCUCCAUGCUGGAUAUCGACACUCCUCUCGAAGCUCCCUGGGAUGACCCACGGUAUGAAAGGAUAGUGGUGCCCGUAUUUCACCGCAUCCCAUCAAACUAUGGUCGUGCUCGGGAUGGUGUGGCUCCCCCAAGCUUCAUCUGCUUCACCAAGGAAGAAGCUUCCGACAUUGACCUCAUUCGGCGCAAGAUCCUGGAGAAGGUUUCGAACUUCUCAACUUGGUCUAAGCUCAGGAACGGCCCGGAUGAGAACUCUGAUAUCGCUGACGGAGAGGUGGUUGCUUCGGAUGCUGACUCGUCUGGCGAUAGUAAGGUUGUUGCCAAUUCGGUUGAAGGUGAGGAUGACAUUGUGGAUGUGCAUAUGAAGGACACGAGCGAGGCUCUCCCCCAUCAGCCACAGAUUCUGAAGCGAUUCAACAAGAACAGACCCAGGUUUAUCGACCCAGGUAGCUUCCUUGAACCUGAACUGCAAAACCUUUUCGACCUUUGCUACUUCACAGACAAGGCCUAUUCUGGCGAUGUGCCAACGGGCUGGUCUCACGUUGAUCACCAUCAAUUACUCCCUAAGUUGUCGGAUCGCAUCCCUCAACUGUCACCCGACGAUGAUGAUACUGCCAGUCGUGACGACGAAAGCAGCACGCCUUCUAAUGAAGAUGUAAGCAGCAAUGACGAGAGUAUCAAGGCGGAGACAACACAAACUAGAAUGGUGGAAGAGUCCAGUGAGGAAGAUGUUCCAGAAGCUCCACGAGUAGGUCUCUCUGUUAGUCUGUCCAACAGUCCCAGCGCUUAUACAAAACAGAAGUUCAAUGGACGUCCCUCAAAGGUAAAAGGACGCAAGCUCAAGGGCCAGAAAUUCAACAAGAAAGCCAACAAGCGCCGAGAACGUAUGCAGAACAAGAAACACAAGUCAGCUUCUGUCAAGCCCCAGCCUCAACCUCCUGCUGUUGCUGAUGGUGGACCUCUUAUUCGUCUGGGAGAAGGCAUUGUGGUAGACUGGCACGAGGAAGCUUGGGAUAAAGUGUUUGGUGGCGCUGCAAAUAUCCCCAUUGAUGAACAAGGAGCUCCAACAUUUAUUGAUCUUGAAACGCUCACGGACCCUGCCCUCAAGGUUGCUCAGAGAAGAAGACACCAUCGUCGUACACGAGGCAUCAGUCUCGAAGAAUGUCUGGAUGAGUUUGAGAGAGCCGAAGUCCUCUCCGAGCAAGAUAUGUGGUAUUGUCCCCGGUGCAAAGAGCAUCGGCGAGCCAGCAAGAAGUUCGACCUGUGGAAAUCGCCAGAUAUUCUUGUCGCGCAUCUGAAGCGCUUUAGCAGCUCUGGAUGGCGCCGCGACAAGUUGGACGUCAUGGUUGACUUCCCUAUCGAGGGUCUCGACCUUACUUCCAGAGUCAUUCAAAAAGAGGAUGGCAAGGAUGAGAUCUAUGAUUUGAUUGCUGUUGAUGAUCAUUACGGAGGUCUCGGUGGAGGUCAUUACACCGCCUAUGCCAAGAACUUUGUCGAUGGGCGAUGGUAUAACUACAAUGAUUCGUCUGCAAGCCCUGUGUCUGACCCUUCGACAUGCAUUACAUCAGCUGCAUACCUAUUGUUUUACCGUCGCCGCUCGAGUACCCCUUUAGGCGGAUCGCGGUUCGGAGUCAUCUCUGAGAAAUACAAGAACAGCGAAGAAAACUCUGAAGAAGAAGAAGGCGAGGUGGGGGAAGGUCAGCGUCUCGGCGAGGGUUCCUCCCUGAAUGGGUUGUCGAGCGCUGGGAUCGGAGCCGCAGCAACUCGCCAUCUCGGCGGUCGUGGUUCGGAUAGAAUCACCGUCACCUCUUUAGCCGUACCGGACGACGAAGACGAAGAUCUCCCACCCUACGAUGGAGCUAACCGGAUGGGGAGCAUCCACAGUACCGUCGAGGACGAGGGUGUAGAUGUCAAUGGAAGCUACCAGCGCCUGGACAACAAGUCACUCAACCUCGUCCAGGGUUGGAACUUCGAGGGCCUGGGCGAUAGCGGUGCCGAAGACUCUACAGGUGCCGACAUUGGUUCUGAUGAUGUCCAGCUAGACUCUUCAGCUGAUGAGCGUGGACUCAGCCAAUUUGAUGAUCACGACACAAUCAUGACAGGACAGGGCCCCGCUGAGGGCGAAUCCGAGCCUGUCGCUCCUCGAACGUCGAUUCUUACAGACACCCAGAAGUCCACAUGGAACCGUAAGGAUGUGAUCGAUGUGCAAACCGCGGCAGGGAGCGACAGGGAUUCGAACGAGGUGACCGAGAUCCAUCUUGAAAAUGAGAAGGGAAUCAAGGCCGAGUAG